AUGAACUCCACUGAAGCAUCCACAAACUCCACAACUUUGGAACAUUUGCUUUGGCCAUUGAGCAUUGUAGACAUUUUUGUGUGCAGCAUCAAUUUCCUGUUUGGUUUUCCUGUACACUCCUAUAUUAUAUGGUUCAUUGUCACAGGAACAAAGAGUGGUGUUGCAUCAGAGUUCUUCAACAUCAGUCUCUCUAUUUGUGAAUUAUUGAUUUCUUUCAAUUGUUUGUUAAGGAUACUGUCAAGUUUUGUUCAACUAACGGCACUGUCAUCAUUUUUAGUUGGAGUAACCGUUGCUGGUCGUCCUCUGUUUCAGUGUCUGAUCUGUGUUGAGCGUUACCUGGCAGUGGUUCAUCCUGUAACCUUUCUGAAGUACAAACCUCUCAGAUAUAGAGUGAUCUGCUGCACUGUGAUCUGGAUAAUCACUUUUGGAUCAUGUUUGUGCUGUAUGUCUACUUCAGUCCUAAAUACCUUUAUUUGGUUUAUGUGGUUAUUCCCGAUUCAGUUCCUUCUCUUCCUCUUCGUCCAGUUGUUUUGUCUUGUGGCUGUUCUCAGAGCCCUGAAGCAGUCAGGACCAGGAGAGAGAGGGAGAGAAAGGAGAAGGGAAGAAAGCCACGCGAAGAAAAGAGCAUUUUAUAUCAUUCUAAUAAUUACUAUAUGCAUGUUUAUCUCAUUUGUCCCAUACAUUCUUGCAGGCGUUUUCGUCAUUUUCUCAAAACACAAUGCUGAAACUUACAGCACUUUUGCUUUGGUCUGUUCUAUUCUGGGUCGUUUUGUGCAUCCUGUUCUUUUUCUACACCGAACUUGGAAAAUCUCUUGUGUCUGUUCCUCAUAA